UUGUCGAUGGUCAAACAGAACAAUUCAGUACGUUAGUGACUGUCCAAUAACGAAAGAGGAUGUGGACAUGGCUGCCAAUAUCAAGGGUUGUGAAGCCCUGGCUAGGAAGCAGAACUGUACCGAUCCUUCACUCUUCAAAUACCAUUGUGUUAUCAACGACCAGGGAAAUGCUCUUGUAGAGGUUUGCGCUCCAGUGUUCUAUAUUCAUGGCUUCUGCACGGAAUUUAAUGUUCAGGACUUAGUGAUCCAGCCGCAUUUCGGAAUACGAUGUAGUAAUAUCACGCCAUGUGCAGAUCGCUACCUGUCAACAUCUGCAUAUCUUUAUCCUAAAUGCUUUGAUGUGAUCAAGAAGCGAACUACUUUGUCACUGAGGAAUGAGGCAACGACAUCUCUUUAUAACGUUACAACAGAUGAAACUGAAGACCUCAUAUUGUACUUGCUGAUUCCCAUUGUCAUUGUUCUGUUAGUUGCAAUCUCAGUGUUGUUUGGAUGGCUGUAUCGAAGGAAACCAGCACGGAAAUUACAAACAAAUGUGACCCAACAUGGUAGCACUGCUAAAGAAUCCACAAACCUACUACAAGAAAAGGUGAAGAAUAACAAAGAAAAAAACCUAGAAGUUGAAAUUCAUCACGAAAUAUAA